GCCAAUCGCUUUCCCAACCACCAAACGCAUUUCCUCCCGCGCACACGAGCGGGCGCCAUGGCCGGGCAUCUAGCCAAAAACCCAUUUCUCCUCCUCCUCCAGCCCCGCCGCCUGUGCACCGCCGCCGCAUCCUCCUCGGCCGCCGCGGGAGAACUCGCCCCCUCGCCCGUCGUCGAGGAGAUUCCCCGCGACGAUGACCUCGCGGAGGAGUCGCGCAGCCGCCUCGUGCGCGACACCUGCAAGCUGCUCGAGCUCCGGGGCUCGUGGACCCCGAAGCUGGAGGCGCAGCUCCGGCACCUGCUCCGGGUGCUCUCCCCGCCGCAGGUCCGCGCCGUGCUCCGCGCGCAGGCGCAGACGGACGCCCGCGCCGCGUUCGAGUUCUUCCGCUGGGCCGACCGCCAGUGGCGCUACCGGCACGCCCUGGAGGCGUUCGACGAAAUGCUGAGCCCCCUCAGCCACACCAGGCUCCACGACCCCGCCCGGCACGUCAUGCGCCUCAUGAUCCGCCGCCGCAUGAGGCGCCGGACGCAGCAGUUCGCGCACCUCAUGCUCUCGUACAGCUGCGCGGGGAAGCUCCGCUCCGCCAUGCGCGUGCUCCAACUCAUGCAGAAGGACGGGUGCGCGCCUGACAUAUCGAUAUGCAAUGUGGCGGUGAAUGUGCUUGUUUUUGCUGGCUGCAUCGACAAGGCGCUUGAGUUUAGCGACCGGAUGCGACGUGUUGGGGUCGAGCUGGAUGUAGUCCCAUACAAUUGCCUUAUCAAGGGGUUGUGUAGCGUGCGGAGGGUUGUUGAGGCGCUAGAGAUGAUCGGUGUGAUGCUGCAAAAUGGGUGCCCACCUGAUAAGAUUAUCUAUUAUACAGUGAUGGCAGAGGUGCGGGGUUUGCUUCGGAGGAUGAGGAAUGAUGCGGGUCUAUUUCCAGAUCAGGUCACGUAUAACAUGCUCAUCCAUGUGCUUGCAAAGCAUGGGCAUGCAGAUGAGGCGUUGGAGUUCUUGAGGGAGUCAGAGGGGAAAAGGUUCCGUGUUGAUGGGCAUGCAGUUGUGCACUCUUUCUGCUUGAAUGGGAGGAUGACUGAGGCAAAGGAGAUUGUAAGUGAGAUGAUCUCAAAAGAAUGUCACCCUGACGUUGUCACGUAUAGCGCAGUUGUUGAUGGGUUCUGCCGGAUCGGGGAAAUUGAUCAAGCAAGAAAGAUGAUGAAGCAUAUGUAUAAGAAUGGCUGCAAGCCAAACAUAGUCAGACAUACUGCAUUAUUAAAUGGUCUCUGCAAAGCUGGGAAAACUUCAGAGGCUCGGGAAUUGCUAAACAACAGUGCAGAGGAGUGGUGGACUCCAAGUGAUAUCACAUACAGUGUUGUAAUGCAUGGGUUUAGAAGAGAAGGGAAACUAAAGGAAUCAUGUGAUGUCGUUACCCAGAUGUUGCAGAAGGGUUUCUUUCCCACUACUGUGGAGAGUAACUUACUGAUCCAUGCGUCAUGUCUACAUAGUUCUCGAACCCGUAGGGUCCGCACGCUUAAAGUUUUGUGACGAUCGAUAUUAUGAGUUUAUAUGUUUUGAUGUACCGAAGGUAGUUCGGAGUCCCGGAUAUGAUCACGGACAUGACGAGGAGUCUCGAAAUGGUCGAGACGUAAAGAUCGAUAUAUUGGAUGACUAUGUUCAGACA